GAAGGAGGAGGAGGAGGAGGAGGAGGAGGACGAGGACGAGAAGGAGGAGGAGAAGGAGUCUACUGGUGCAGAGGAGGAAGUGGAGACCCAGUUUACUACACAGAGUACAGCACACCAGCCGUCACUCACAGAGCUGUUGUGACUCUGCAGCCCGACUGGCCUGUGAUUUACUCCGGAGAGACCAUCACUCUCACCUGUGACAUAAAGGACGGAGGAGAAGCUGAGUGGGAGUAUCGAUGGGAAACAUCCAGUUCACCUCGAAACCCAAGUGGCCCCAUGAUCAGACCAUCACACAGUGGAGACUACUGGUGUAGGGGCAGACUGAACCAUGAAACCUCUUCAUCAGAGUGGAGUGAUACUUUCACAUUAAGAAUAUCUCCCAAUAAACCCAAGCCGGUCCUCACUGUGUCUCCAUUGUGGCCGAGUCCUGGAGACUCAGUGACUCUGACCUGCAGGGUUGAACAUCCAUCUGCAGGAUGGAGGUUCUUCUGGUACCAGGUUGUUCCCAAACUGGAGUCCUACAGCUAUGAGCUGCUACCUGGUAGCUCCACUGGGACUGAAGAGGACUCCUUCAUUGUUCAUGGACAGACGCACACAGCAGGAUAUGUGUGCAGAGCUGGAAGAGGAGAUCCAGUGUUCUACUCUUCGUAUAGUGAACCUCAGUUCAUCUGGUCUGGAGAUUUCCAUCCAGCAGCGUCUCUCACAGUGAGUCCUCCCAGAAUGCAGUUCUUCAGCAAAGAUUCACUGUCACUGAGCUGUGAGGGAAACUCUACUGAGUGGAGAGUGAGAAGGUUUAUUAAAUAUAACCACCUGGCAUAUUGUUCUUCCUGGGGAACCAUGACUGGAUCUACAUGCAGCAUCAACUCUAAUGGGAUUAGUGGAGUGUACUGGUGUGAGUCUGAAACAGGACAGUUCAGCAAUGCAGCCAACAUCACUGUACAGAGCGGUGAUGUCAUCCUGGUGAGCUCUGUCCAUCCUGUGACUGAGGGACAUUCUGUCACUCUCAGCUGCAGGUUGAGGACAGAAAAGGUUCUUUAUAACGUGGAUUUCUAUAAAAAUGAAAAACUCAUCUCAAAUGAUGCCAGCGGGGAGCUGUUUAUCUCUGAAGUUACAAAGUCAGAUGAAGGUUUUUAUAAAUGUGAAGGAAGAGAUUCACCACAAGGUUUCAGGAGUUUGACGUCACCAGAGAGUUGGUUGUCAGUUAAAUCUGCAACAACAAGCUCUCCAGUUCCCGUGCUGUUGGUUGUUGGUCUGGUUUGUGGAGUUUCACUGAUUAUUCUGCUGCUGCUGGUUCUGUAUUGCUACAGAAAGUCAAAAGAUUCACGCCUCGUGAGGUCUCAGAGCACCAAUCAGAGCCCAGCUACAGACCACGUGACCAACCAGGUUGAAACUCAAGAAAGAGAAUAUGCCUCUCUUCUCCAUGGUGAUUCUUGUCUCUAUGAAACAAUCAGAGGCUCUGAAGAACCUGGACAUGGGAACAAUAAUGAACCAGAGGAGAGCGUUUACUCCAAUGUGACGAUGGGAACAGCUGCAGGUCAAUAACACAUCUUUAUGGACAGAACCAGAGAAUGGAUGACAACAUGAAAAAACACAUCCUGGUCUUUUUUAUAAUUAUUGUGUGAACAACUUCUUUCCUUCAAUAAGACAGUAUUUUGUACAGUUAACCUAUUAGCACAUCAUUUAAAUAAAAUACAUCAUAUGGCUUUAAUAUAUUAAUAUUGUUACUUGGUGAAAUGUCUUCACUUUAUUACAUAUAAAUCAAAUGUUAGGAUUGAGUGUUUUGUAAAUACAGUUUUCUUCUCUCUUCUGGUACAUUAAUGUAACACACACGUGUUACCGCGGGUGGUAUCUCCCUAGCACAGAGACACUAGAGACAGGAGCUAGUUAAUUGUUUUUAUUAAUUCCAGGCGGAUGCGGUCUCCGUCGUGCUUGCCGCUGAUCUGCUCCCGUGGACAGCAGCGUCGGUCCGGCGUUCUGCCGAAUCCCAAAACCCCUCACCUUUGUCCAUCUGCACACUUAUAAUGAGCAAUCAUCAUUAGACCCAGGUGAGGCCAAUUAGGCCUCCACCUGGUACCGUUCCCUGAGCGUACUCCCCCACUCCCCUCUGCAGCUGAGCCUAACCACACCCAGCCACCACAAUUCACUUUGUUGUACACAACUUUGAAUGGAUGAUAAUGCGGAUAUAAAGUCAUCCUCUCUUUCAUUUUUGAGGAUAGAGCUUCCACAUUUCUAACAUUGAAUCUGUUUUUGGAGUUUGCAUUUGUCCAAUAUUUUAAAA